GGAGGUUGGCAUGCCCUGGAACAGACCUCAGGUGGAGCUUCAUGCUGCUGUAGUAGAGAGCAUGGACCCCAAAAUAGACGACCACCACUACGAGGGCUCCCUGUUCCCCACCUCCACCCUCAUCCCCGUCACUGUCAUCUGCAUCCUCAUCUUCAUCAUCGGGGUGACGGGCAACACCAUGACCAUCCUCAUCAUCCAGCACUUCAAGGACAUGAAGACAACCACCAACCUCUACCUGUCCAGCAUGGCCGUGUCUGACCUCAUCAUCUUCCUCUGCCUGCCCUUUGACCUCUACCGCCUGUGGAAGUAUGUGCCCUGGCUGUUUGGGGAGGCGGUGUGCCGCUUCUAUCACUACAUCUUUGAGGGCUGCACCUCGGCCACCAUCCUUCACAUCACGGCGCUGAGCAUCGAGCGCUACCUGGCCAUCAGCUUCCCUCUCAGGAGCAAAGUGAUGGUGACCAGACGAAGGGUCCAGUACAUCAUCCUCGCCCUCUGGGGUUUCGCCCUGGUUUCUGCAGCUCCCACACUCUUUCUGGUCGGCGUGGAGUACGAUAACGACACACGCCCGGACUACAACACCGGGCAGUGCAAGCACACCAACUAUGCCAUCAGCUCCGGGCAGCUGCACAUCAUGCUCUGGAUGUCCACCACCUACUUUUUCUUCCCGAUGCUCUGCCUCAUCUUCCUUUACGGCUCCAUCGGGUGCAAGUUGUGGAAAAGCAAAAAUGAUCUGCAAGGUCCCUGUGCUUUGGCCCGGGAACGGUCACACAGGCAAACAGUCAAGAUCCUGGUGGUGGUGGUGCUGGCCUUCAUCAUCUGCUGGCUGCCCUACCACAUCGGCAGGAACCUCUUCGCCCAGGUGGACGACUACGACACGGCCAUGCUGAGCCAGAACUUCAACAUGGCGUCCAUGGUGCUCUGCUACCUCAGUGCUUCCAUCAACCCCGUCGUCUACAACCUCAUGUCGCGGAAGUACAGGGCCGCAGCCAAACGCCUCUUCCUGCUGCACCAGAGGCCCAGACAAGCCCACCGCGGCCAGAGACAGCUCUCCGUGAUCGACCACAUCUCCACCCUGAACGAGAGCCUGACGGGGGUCUGAGCAGCGUUUUUGUUUGACUUCAUCGCCACGAGAGAGUUUUCAGGGGUCUUUAAAGUUCAGGAACUGCAGCUAAAGAGGGAACUUUGUUGAAGACAUGUAGAGGAGGAAUGUUCGUUCUGUUUGUCUUUGAGGGGGGAAACCAGGCUGAGACCCCAGAUUUAAUACUACUCGGUUUGUUCACAGAGACUGGAUAAGGAUCUACAAACACGUCAGGUUUAAAGUUUUUAUGAAAAUGUAGUGAACUACGAGAGAAAAAGUCCUCAGUUAAAUUGUCCUGUUCCAGUGUUCCACCUCAUGCAUAAGUAUUUACCUCCACACUGUUUGCUGCUAAAUGUUUUUGUUGCUUGGCGUCAGUGCUUACCGAACACAUGCGCCACUUCAGCUCACAGUAACCAUCAAUCCGCUGCGCCGAUUAAUAAAUGACAGAUGAUGUUUGCCACAUUUGAAACGACUGUUCAUUUACAAUGUUUAAUUGCCCCCUCAGCUCCAUUCUGCUGUGGGAUUGAAUUUGUUUAAUGUAUGGUGAACACUUCUUAUCACCCUGUUUGUCCGUUCUUCUCGUACAUCAAGGAAAACAAAGCAAGUAAACCUAUUAGCUGUGGGCCAUUAGUUUGUGCAGAUCUGAAACUGUGUGUGUGUGUGUGUGUGUUUGUGUGUUUGCAGGGCUGUUUACCAUCUCUCCAGUGGAUAGAUGGAACAUAAACUUGAUAAAAGCAAAUUACUAUGAAAAUGGGGGGUAGCUGUUGUCUGCGUGUGCGAUACCGAGGCCACCUGAGCCUUGAGGUGUUGCGGCUGCGUACGUGUGGGCCAUCACAUGUAAUCUGACACAGCUAUUAUAUUACCUGGGCUCUGUGUUAGAUUUACGCAGGCAGCCGGCGUCCCUGCAUCAUCUUAUUCAAAGUAAUGGCUGCUCUAAGUGCAUUUCAAAGA